CCUGCUCAGUGCGCGCAUGGCUCGGCCUACGCCGCUCCCUCGGAGCCGCCGUACUGCUUCCACGUCGUGUUGGUGAGGCAUGGAGCCGGUGGGCGGUGGCGGUGGCGGUGAUCGCCGCGGCUCCUCCCCCGCAGACCCGCGAAGCACCUUCGUGUUGAGUAACCUAGCGGAGGUGGUGGAGCGUGUCCUCACCUUCCUGCCCGCCAAGGCGUUGCUGCGGGUGGCCGGCGUGUGUCGCUUAUGGAGGGAGUGUGUGCGCAGAGUGUUGCGGACCCAUCGGAGUGUGACCUGGAUCUCCGCGGUCCCGGCGGAUGCCGGCCACCUGGAGGAGCAUUGCUUGGUCCGCGUGGUAGCUGAAAAGCUUGAGAAUGUCCAUAUCUUACCACGAACAGUUCUUUACAUGGCUGAUUCAGAAACUUUCAUUAGUCUGGAGGAGUGUCGUGGCCAUAAGAGAGCCAGGAAAAGAACUACUAUGGAAGCAGCAUUUGCCCUUGAGACGCUAUUCCCAAAGCAAUGCCAAGUCCUUGGGAUUGUGACCCCAGGGAUUGUAGUGACGCCAAUGGGAUCAAGUAGCAAUCGACCUCAGGAAAUAGAAAUUGGAGAAUCUGGUUUUGCUCUAUUAUUUCCUCAAAUUGAAGGAAUAAAAAUAAAACCCUUUCAUUUUAUUAAGGAUCCAAAGAAAUUAACACUAGAAAGGCAUCAACUCACUGAAGUAGGUCUUUUAGAUAACCCCGAGCUUCGUGUGGUCCUUGUAUUUGGCUAUAAUUGCUGUAAAGUGGGAGCCAGUAAUUAUCUGCAGCGUGUAGUCAGCACUUUCAGUGAUAUGAAUGUCAUCUUAGCUGGAGGCCAGGUGGACAACCUGGCAUCGCUGACCUCUGAAAAGAACCCUCUGGAUAUUGAUGCCACCGGUGUGGUUGGACUGUCAUUUAGCGGACACCGUAUCCAGAGUGCCACAGUGCUUCUCAGUGAGGAUGUCAACGACGAGAAGACUGCUGAGGCUGCGGUGCAGCGCCUCAAAGCAGCCAACAUUCCAGAGCAGAAUACCAUUGGCUUCAUGUUUGCGUGUGUUGGCAGGGGCUUUCAGUAUUAUAGAGCCAAGGGGAAUGUGGAGGCUGAUGCAUUUAGAAAGUUUUUUCCUAGUGUUCCUUUAUUUGGCUUCUUUGGAAAUGGAGAAAUUGGAUGUGAUCGCAUAGUCACUGGAAACUUUAUAUUGAAGAAAUGUAAUGAGGUAAAGGAUGAUGAUCUGUUUCACAGCUAUACAACAAUAAUGGCACUAAUUCAUCUUGGGUCAUCUAAAUAAAGCCACCUGUAAAGUGGCUUUCAUAAUGUAUAACUUUCGGGCUCUGUCUUUUCCAGAAAAUGGAAACUUGGGAUAUGUAUAUUACAAACAAAAAACUUUAUAUGUAUCUGUUUUGUAGCUUUGACACUCUAAAGAUUAUUUAGUAGUUUUUAAUAUAUUAGAUGAAGGACAAGUUUGUACAUAAUGAGCUUUUGCAUCAGGCACAAGUGAACCAAUUAUGGCUAUAUUGCACCAGAUUAUGUAGCUGCUGUGUGAUAGGACUUUAGUCUUCUGCAUAGGAAGACUGAAAAAGGAUUCAUCAACAGAAAGGAGAUUUAAGACAUUCCAUGACUACCUCUGCAAUGUUAGAUGAUCUUUCAGCAGAAUCAUGAAGAUAUUUUUCUCCCUUAAUAAAGGAGAAAAAUACACAGAUGGCUUGGGAAAUUUUUCUCUGCUUUACAAUUUUACCAUUUUUUUCAGAAGCUGUAACAAAUUACUGACUUUUUACUUAUUUGAUAAAUGUUAAAUAACUAUUUUUGUUUUAGUACUCUAAAGUUGCUUAGUCAGAUAAAUUGCCAAGACUAAUCAGUAUUUUAUUACCUUAUAAGGAAAAAAAUUUUCCUUUUCCCUCAAUAAAGAAAUUGCAACAGAAAAUUCUUUUUUUCACCUACUUCUAUAUAACUAAUUGGCAGAUGAGACAAUUACAUCACCUUAUUUUGGUUUUAUACCAAUAAAACAUACCUUGGAAACUCAGAUAGCUGUGUACUUCAUUGCUUUUAGUGAGUGAAUGAAGGAAUCCUUUAGAAAAGAAAACCCAGAAUAAUGGUAUUUGUUAGCUAGCAAAUCCUGGCAUAUUUCCAGUAAAAUGUUUUUCAAGUUUAAAUUUCUCAUUAUGUAAAUAUCAAAAAGAAAUCUGUGCAGAGAACACCAAUUUCCCCCCAAUAUCCAUUCUUUCCUUUUCAAAUAGUCAUAAAACCUUUGAUUUUCAGCUAGGCACAUGCACACCACAAUAAAGACUACAUCCUUGUCUCCCUUGCAAGUAUGACUGUUCUGGCUGGUGCAAUGUGAGGGAAAUGAUAACGUGUCCUUUAAAACAGUGUGAUCGUUUUUUUGUUUGUUGUUUGUUUUGCCUUUUUUCGAUCCUUUUGCUUAGAAGUGGAUACAAUUGUGAGCCAUCUUAGACGCUACAGAAGAGGCAAUGCUCUAUUGUGGAAGAGGACCACACAGAACGAGCCUAGGUUGCCAUACAGUUUUGUUGAAGUGCUACCAUUACUGAUUUUGACUGCCUAUCUCCAGAGUGUUUUACAAGACAGAAAUUAACAUCAUUCUUGCCUAAGGCACUUGUUUUUUUUCAGGUCUUUGUUACAGGAUAUCUGUAUUAGCAUAUUCUAAUACAGUAUGAUACAAUAUAUGGCACUUUUGUAAUAGUCAGUGGUUCUAACGGGGUAGAAGAAAACUCGCAAGGUAAGUGAAAUCACAUAUAUUAACAUUCCUGCUUUUCUAUUUUUAAUCACUUUUUUAAAAUGAAUUUUUACUUCAAAAGAUUUUUUUUUCUUGCUGUUUAUUUAUAUGAAUGAUAAAAAUACUUAGAAGUUUCUUUAAUUUAUGGUUAUACUCAAUCUUAGUUCCUGAAGCAAGUCCAAAGAAAAGUUUGAUUGCCAUAGAACUUUUAAUCUGUGAAUAUUAAUAUUUAGCCAUUUUUAUUUAUUAACUCUUCUAUUAUUUGCCAUUGGUACCCAUUAUCAAGUAGACAAUAUCUCAAAAUUUAAGUCCUUGGUUAUGCUUACAUAGCAUGUAAGGAAAAUACUUUGUAAAUUUUCUUCGUCCUUGAUAUUAACCAGAGUUGACUGAACAGUAGAGGAAAACGGAUUUUGAAAACGGAAAUAUGAACAAAAUGCACCAGUUGAAUGAAUUGUUUUAUUUUUUUCAAAUUAAUACAUAAAAUGUUUUAUUACUUCUCAAA